AGUCAAAAAUCAGAUGUUGUGGUACCUUUUCCCACGGGUGGGGACAUGUUGGACUAUCUCAUCCAGAACGGUAAUAUUGAGGAGAAGGAUGGAUUACAGGUCACUUGGUACCACUCUGCUAACAACAAGUCAGAAAUGGAACAAGCCCUGAAAAGCGCUGCCAUGGUUCUGGAGGCUGAUGUGAAUGUGGAAGGACAUAACACCAUCAACGAGACCAACAUCCCCAUCAUGGCCCAUCCUCCCAACAUCUACAGUGACAACACUCUCCAACAGUGGCUGGACAGUGUGCUCAAGACUAAAAAAGGGAUAAAGCUGGACUUUAAAAGCAUUCAAUCUGUGGAACCUUCUCUGGAGAUCCUGAGGAUAAGAAACCAGAGUGGCAUUAACAGGCCUGUGUGGCUCAAUGCUGACAUUCUCCACGGCCCCAACGUGCCUCCAUUCUGGCCUCUGGUCAACGGGACCAGAUUCUUGGAAUUGAUUCAAACAAAGUUCCCAGAGGCCACAAUCUCUCCUGGCUGGAAAGUGCAGUACUUCGCUUUCACCCCCAACGCAACAUACAGUCGCGCCAUGGUGGAGGAAAUGUACGAGAUCAUCCGGGAUGUUCCACAGAGGGUCACCUUCCCUGUACUGGCAGUUAUGGUGAAGCGGGCCUGGCCCCACUUCAGCUGGCUGCUGAGCCAGUCACCCAGGUUUAGUCUAACCCUGUGGCAGGGUAAGGAGAACCCCACCGUGAACGACCUGCUGUUCGUCCGGGACAACACCCACCCACAGCGAGUGUACUACGAUAUCUAUGAACCCGUCUUGUCCCACUUCAAGGAGGCUGCAAGGCUCAGUCACCGGCCAAAACAGUUCUACCCUGGAGGAGACUUGAUUGAAUAUUUCAAGCCUGUGGACAAUGAUGGUUUUUUUAUCCAAUGGGAACUCAUCACAAACAAGACAUCACUACUGUCUGUGCUCAGAGAAAGCACUGGCGGGAUGCUGGUCAUUCCAGUGGGGUCUAAAGACGGCCAACCUGGGGUCUUAAUGGUUGAAAACUCGGAUUCUGACAUCACCCUCCAGCAGUGCAUAGAUCUGAUCUUUACAUCCUCCAAACCCUGGGGCCUCUACUUCCAGAUCAAAGACCACAACCUUCUUCCCUCCACACUUCAGCUACUUAGUCAGGCAUACGACAGUGACAUCCUGCAUAACCCCACCUGGAUCAACAUGGAACUAUCCCACGGAGCCUUCAAGACACCAGGCUAUAUUGGAGGCCAAGAAUUCUUGGACACCAUCAAUCAGAUCUUUCCUUAUGUCACAUUGGCCCCUGGGUGGCCUCAAGAAGUUCUGCACAAUGGCUACACAAAACCUCUAAUUGAUGACAUGGUGCAGUUAUUCCAAAACACUUGGCAAAAUGUGUCUUUGCAGGUACUAGUAGAACAUAUGCAGUCUUUCCAGGGUCAAGAGGCCCUGUUGAGGGCCAUGCCUCGCUUUUCAAUUACAGUGCAGAGGCCAGAGAAUGCCAAUUACUAUGAUGGGAUCCUAAAUUUAUUUAUUAGGCAAGGGGACAACCGCCGGUCUUUCUACAACAUGCCCAGGGACUACAGGGCCAGGAUAGAGAAUUUUCUCACCUAGCAGCACACAGGAAUCUCCUGCAUAAACUAAGACACCAGUUAUCUGCUCACUCGCAUGCUACUUGUCAGGGUCAUGAUGGUUCCCAGCUUAUCCCUGAAUCACUAAGCGCUAGGCUAGGAUGAUACAUGAAAAGUAAUGACGUUCAUAAAAAAAGGUGCCAAAUAAGCUGACAAAAGUUUAUAUCCAGUCUAUAAGCUGUAAGUCAUGUCUGCUUCUAAGAAGUUAUUUUGAUUGCUCUGCACUGAGACCAGAGGUUUCCCCCCCACCUCACACCACACUCUGCAGGAAUAAGAGCAGAGCAUGCAAUUACAGGACCUGAAUGUUUAUAUCAUCUUCACCUCUAUAUGCUUUUAGAGUUGAUACAUGGAAAAGCACAGUAAUUCCCACUGACUUUGGGUGAAUGUAGGGGAAAAAACCCCCAGGCCAAAUUUUGUUUGGAUUUAUAGUUUAUGAAUACUUCUCAUUAUAUAAUGCAUUUUACAAUUCAGAGGCUACAAUAAGACAUAAGUAUAGGAAGACAUUAAUACUUGCAUUAUAAAUUUAGUUUUACAACUUUACAUAAUUUAUGCAAAGGUUAAUUAAAAGCACAUAACUUUGAAAAAGAAAGCAAUAUUAAAAACAUUAAAUUUCAGUAUCAACACUUAAUUUACCACCUGAUGCUGUGUCCACCAUUCAGAAAUGAACUAACAGAGGAAGAGAAUUUAGGAUUACAUCAGUAUUAAAUAUAUACCACAAGUUGGAGUUAAAUGGCAUUAAGCUGCAAAAGAAGGGGAGGGUUUACCAUCUAAGUUUAAUUAAGGUUUUGUCCUAUAAAAAGUGUUCCAAAAGAGGGGGGUUUUGUCCUAGAAUCUUUUGUCCGGAUCCUGACUUUGGGUAGUCCUUAAAGGAUUGGACCCAAAACAUAAUAUGCUCCAUGAAUUAUUUCCUUAAUACAGGUACUUGCAAAAUAACUCCAAAACUGCAAAAACUGAGCUUUUACCUGAAAGAGUGAGUCCAGCAAGAGGCUGUUAUGGCAAUGAUUGUUCAGAAGCACAAGCAUCAAGUUGUAUACAAGAGUUUGUAGAACAAAAGAUAGAGGGUCAAAGCUGAAAGUCAUAGUCCUUUUAAAGGACCUUCUUAAUCAAAUUACACUUUUCAGCCUGCCAUCAAGUUAUGCAUGUUAAAUAAAAGUAUCAAACCUGUAAGCUUACAAACCAGGAUUGAAGCAUCUGUCCAAUAAAUACAUGUUCCAGUGUAAUUGUAAACAUUAAGAAUGUUAAGUUAAAAGCACCUUAAAAGGCAAGGUUGCUAGUUGCAAUACUCAAACCUUCACAUCCUCCUCAAAAACAGUCAAGAUGCCAUUUCAGACCUCCUUUGAAAUUCAGACUUGAUCAAAUAAAGUUCCUAGAAUGCUUUAAAGUGACAGUCACAAACUACUGCAGCUGAGUAUGAGUGCAGAGAACUGGAGGAAAUAACCUCAUUAUGGGUCCACUUUAAAAUUUUGCUGCAACAUUAAAGUGAGGAAAUGGAUAACUUACAAUUAAGUGGUAACUUUCAAAAUGUAUGUAAAAAAGCAUAGUAAAAUCCUUUCUGAAUUAAGUAAUGUCAAAAAUUCAGUGGUGGGCUCUAGAACAAGGAGACCAUGUGAUUUUCACAGAAUUUCUUCCCCUUAAAUAUUGCCACAAUUACAGUUGACAAGAAAUUUAGAUUUCAACUAAAAACAGUGCACAUGUAUUGUAUAUUAUGCAUAUUAAAAUCCUCCUUGCUGAUUCUAUUGACCAUUUGCCACAUGUGCUGGU